GGGUCCGCGAGAACGUUUUGACGCCCACGCCCUGCACCGCGCGGCGCUGUUCGGGGAACGCGCUCUCAUCACCCCACGUUGCCAACUGCAGAGCCGCGCCGAGCAUGCGGGACUACGACGAAGUGACCGCCUUCCUGGGCAAGUGGGGGCCCUUCCAGCGCCUCAUCUUCUUCCUGCUCAGCGCCAGCAUCAUCCCCAACGGCUUCAACGGUAUGUCAGUCGUGUUUCUGGCAGGGACCCCGGAACAUCGCUGCCGGGUGCCGGACACCGCGAACCUGAGCAGCGCGUGGCGCAACCACAGUAUCCCUGUGCGGCUGCAGGACGGCCGCGAGGUGCCCCAUAGCUGCCGGCGCUACCGACUCGCUACGAUCGUCAACUUCUCGGCUCUCGGGCUGGAGCCGGGGCGCGAUGUGAACCUGGAGCAGCUGGAGCAGGAGGGUUGCCUGGAUGGCUGGGAAUUUAGCCAGGACAUCUACCUGUCCACCAUCGUCACCGAGGUGGGUGUGUGAGCGACCCUUAAUCUGCAUCAGACCCCCUGGAGACAUUCUAGCCGUCUUUGGCUCAGCGUCCCCAGUUCCUCAUCAGACCUGGCUAGCAGUCAUCUGGGUUAUAAUUUUAACACAGGUGUGCAACCCAAGAGGGCAGGACACGCUUAGGAUCAUUCCUGGUCAGUUUGUCCAGAAGGGAGGGCAUGAAGAACUGAGAAAGGAGGCAGCCGUCAACUGCCUUUUUCUCUGGCAGUUUCACAAGAGGAAGUUGUUUCCCAAGAGCCUAGAUACUGUCAACCCCAGGCUCCCCAGAUGUACAGACUGAGUCAAAUUCCUGCAGGCGUGAGGAGGGGUGUGGGGAUGCUGCUGAGACCAUGUGCAGACACAAAAAGGAGUCUUAUUGCUGGGCAGGGCAUGGGCAGGUCUGGUCUGUUCCCUGGUCACAGACUUCUGGAAGCAUCAAGGGCUCUCCUGCUCUGCUAUACAACUAUGGUAAGGCUUGGGUCCUUUCCUGAGUCUCUAAUUUCUCCACAAAGGAGCAGGAGGCCUCCUGAUACUGGUGGAGAACAGGGAACUGCUAAGUCACUGCAGUCGUGUCCAACUCUGUGUGACCCCAUAGACGGCAGCCCACCAGGCUCCCCUGUCCCUGGGAUUCUCUAGGCAAGAACACUGGAGUGGGUUGCCAUUUCCUUCU